UGUCUAUUGUUUAUUUCAGAUACUAUGAAUAUCUAAGCUAGAUAUAUAAUGCUGCACUAAAGGAUUGAAAGAUGAAUGUCAAAACUGGAUUUAAAAUAAUAAUCCUUGCUCUUUCCUGCUGUUGUUUGAAUGGACUCCGAUUGCUGGAGCUAGAUGUGCCAACACACAAGGUUGUCGGAGAAAGUGCUAAACUAACCUGCAGGUUUGAAAUGGAAGGAGCAGCUCUUUACAGUGUAAAAUGGUAUAGAAAUGAACAGGAGUUCUACAGGUUUGUUCCCAAUGACCGGCCAAAAUUACAAAUCUUCCCUCAAAUCGGUAUAAAAGUAGAGAGAUCCCGAUCCUCUCGCCAACAUGUUUAUCUUGAUGAUCUUCAAAUAGAGGCAACAGGAACCUACAGAUGCGAAGUUAGCGCAGAAGCUCCAAGUUUCAGAACCAAGCAUGCUGAACAGGCAAUGAUAGUUGUUCAGCCUCCUAAACAUAAUGAAAUCAAGGGCAUGAAAGAAAGAUAUUAUGUAGCAGACUCUGCUAAUUUAACCUGUUACUCCAGAGGCUCUAGUCCUCCGGCAUCACUUAUUUGGAAAAUUAACGGUAUUCAGGUUUAUGAUUAUGAUAUCGGCAUUGCUGGGGAGUAUGGGCCCCAUGGAGAUACUUCAAGAAGAGAGGAGCCCACUAGAGUUCGCCAGAUGAUAGAGAAGGAUUACAUAAAUACUAUUGAAGUUGUAGAACAACAGGAGGCUGUUGUUGCUCAUACAAGAGUUUGGUUAGAGAAGGAUGGUGAACACAACCUGGAUACUUCAGCCAGCAACCUUAUAUUCAGGGUUCAAGAUGUACACAGGCAUCAAGGUUUGAAGGUUGAGUGUAUUGCAAGUAUUGGUCCUGUAUAUUGGCAUACAACCCAAGAGCUGCUUCCUGUCUCUGCUAGAGAAAGAGAAAUUGUAAUAUUUGGAAACUCAGCUCAUAACACAGGAGAAAUCGUUAUUAUCUGUCUUCUCUCAGCACUAUCGUUCAUUGUAUGACUUCAAAUUCAAAAAAGCGAAGUCUACAUUAAUUUUAAAGUAUUUUAUGAAAAACAUUAUUAUUUCAAAUUUUUGUAUAAAUUUUACAACAAAAUAAUUUCAUUAACGUCUGCAGUAAAAAGAUUGAGAAAAAGCAAGAAAAAAUAUUUAUUUGUUACUUUAUAUAUUAGUUACCCUCCUAAGGUUUGAAGAGAAGAGAUGGGACCAUUUAAAUUCACAUUUGUAAAUAUUAAAAGGCGAAAAAAAUUAAAAAGUGCUGAAAGUUUAGAACUAUGCUGUUUAAAUAUAUUUUGAUGAAAUAUAAGAGUUAUGUACAGAACAUAUCAAGCAGCUAACGGAAUAAACGAACUUGCAUUAAAUUAAUAAAGAUCGAAGUUCAAAAAAUCUAUUUGCCCUCAUUUUCCGUAACAUUUUCAAAGUUCCGAUAAGCAUGGCAGUAAUAGGGCUUAUACUUGCAAGCUUUAACCUAAACCUUUAACUAAAACCUUAACAAAUAUGUACUCUGGAAUUGUAGUUCUACAAUAAAACCAAAUUUACAGAAUAUACAAUCCUGAUGA